AUGUCGAGAAGUACGCUGAAGGCUUUGCAAAAACGUGAGCGGCAGUUAUAUGUGAUUUUUGAUGGUACUGAUAGAUUUAUCCAAACCUAUCACAUCGGUAGUGAUCGGUGCCAAUUAAGUUCAAGAUUGCAAGUGAUUGAUACAGUGUACAGCGAGUUUUUCGAAAUACGGAGCAAGAUUGAAAUGUUGCUGGAUGAAGCGGCCGAGAAAGAGCAGAAAGAUGCUGACAGCGAAGUCAAAGGGGAGAUUGCCAAACAGCGCGAAGAAGAAAACGACAAAAUUCUGCAGCAGUUUGAUGACCGAUACUUUGCAAUUCGAGGUGACCUCCUUAGACUUCAAGGCGAUAAGGAUGCCUUAGGGGUGAACACAUCCAGCACCAGUCAGAGUCAGUCUGUGUCAGGAAAUACGUCCAGAGUAAAGCUGCCAGAGAUUCGUUUGCCGUCCUUCAGUGGAACAAUCAGAGAAUGGGUUACAUUUAGAGAUUCUUUUCGUAGUCUCAUUCACGACAACGAGCAUCUGACGAAAAUGGACAAAUUCACUUACCUCCGUUCCUCUCUGCAAGGUGAUGCACUGAAGGAAAUAAACAACAUCGAGCUGUCAGAGGCAAACUACGACGUCGCCUGGAAAAUGUUGGAAGUCCGCUACGAAAAUAAAAAGCUAAUUGUCAAGGCUCAUCUCGACGCUCUCUUCGCCCUCGAACCGCUUAAAAAGGAGAACUACGACGGUCUGAACUUCCUCAUCAGCGAGUUUGAGAAAAACUUGAUGAUGUUGCAGAAAAUCGGUGAGCCAACGGAGUCUUGGAGUACGAUACUAGUCUACAUGUUGUGCGCUAGACUAGAUUCUGCAACAUUACGUCAGUGGGAGACGCAUUAUGGGUCUAAGGAGGUCCCAACGUACGAAGAACUGCUACUGUUCUUGCAAGCAGCUCUGCAAGAAGUCCACCAUCCGAAACACGUCAGACAAGAUCAACAGUUUGCCAUACAACCAUCCGAUCGGAUUCACGAUGCCCGUUCUGUACCGAAGCAUGGCACUCACCGUUUCACUGCCAGAGAUUCCUUCGAUUGA